CCCCAAUGUGACCAAUUUCGGCUGGUGAUGCCGCAAAAACAACAAAACCAGCAGCUGACGCAGGUACUUCAACCUCGAUAGUAGUAAGAACACACUUAAUUCUUCCACAAAAUGGCAAUCAGCUAUGGCUGUCUUGCGGUGCAAUAUGUGGUAGUGCCGACGGUACUGGUGCUGGCCGCACUAUUCCGCCCUGCCGGUAUCUCGUUCGUGUACCUGUUAAUGUUUUUUAUAACGCCCUUUAUCCCCAUCGCCAACAGUCGUAAUUUUAAAAGUUCCGUGGGACCAUUUUUCAUCAUACUCAUCGCACUAUGUGCACUACUACUAUUAUGUCAUAUAGUACUGCAAGUGACAAUAAUUGCUAUGAAGAUCGAAUCGAUCUUCGCUAUGUGUUCAUUUACGCAACAAUUGUUGCGACACAUCGGAUUCAUUAAUUUGCAAAACCUACAUCCUAUAGCCGCCAUUGAAUGGCAUGCGCCGGAUUUGUUGGUUUUCAUCACAGUGGUAGUUUCAUUUAUAAUCAUAAAAAAGCUAUCACAAACACCACCACCAAUUACUCUGCAGUUAGAAAUUGGAGAAGCUAUACCGAUUCCGUUGCGAGAAUCGGAUGACAAUGUUAAUCCAGAUGAUGAAGCAUUCUUCGAUGGAUUAAUAAGAAUAUCACCACUCUUUUGCCUGGCGAUGCUAUUUGUUAUAUCCGUGCUGCGGCCGUCAGCGCCUGCUGGAUUAUACUUUCUCAUAUUCCUGUUGAGUGGCACAUACUGGGCCACCUAUAAUUCGCUGCGACAAGGAUUCUCCGUGCUGCUGCGUUUUCUCAUGCUGAUGAUUGCAUUGCACUCGGUGUGUAUUGUCGCAUAUCAAACGCCAUGGGCGCAACAUUAUUUGAGUAGUGAUAAUUUAAUAGCAAGACUGAUCGGCCUGGAGCCGUUGGUCCUAUCGUCCUGCGAUCGGGACAUACGCGUUAUGAGCUACAAUUUGAAGUACAGUUUCGACUCCUUCAUUCUUCCUAUUUUAAUGCUGUUAACAUAUUUUGUGCUUGCGCUCACCGCCAAGUGCCUAAGCAAUGCAAAUGUCACUGCAAAGCCCAAACCCGCCAAAGGCCAAUUAGAAAAUGGUAGUAGAUUAAAUCGUCAAAUAUCUCGCGUAACGACACAUUCAUUGCGUAGUAGUAAAAAGGAUAGUUGGACACGUGCACAACGCCUGACUGUUUCGUUACGUCGUGACCAACGUCCAAAAAGUACUAUCGAACCGACUGAGACGACACCUCUGGUGAAACGUUUACGCAAAAGUGAUGCCAAAGAAAUCACAAGCGAUGAAAUUGCACUGGAAACGCAGACGUCCACACAAUCCGUCGAUAUAUUUACUAAUACGAUAUGCGAUCAGAUUUGCUAUGGCUUUAUAAGCAUUGGCCAGUUUAUAUAUCAGAAUAGUUAUAUAUUUACAAAUAUCUCUAUGAUGACCUGGUCCAUCAUUUACCACAGUUGGCUGACCUUCGUUCUACUACUUUGGGCCAACAUACUCUGGAUGAUACCCAAUCAGCGUAAAGCCAUGAUGCGUUCCAGCCCCUUCAUCGUAUGCUAUGCCGAGUUACUACUGAUAGCACAAUAUAUUUAUGGCAUGAAUUUGAAAAAUGACGAAUUACCCUCCAAAGUGGAUACCGCCGGCAUCAAUUUGCAACAAAUCGGUCUUGAGCGCCCGCAGGAGCAUGGCACACACCCCUGUGUGCCACUAAUUGUCAAGACGCUCUUCCUACUCAUGUUUUGGGUUACUUCAAGGCAGUUUUUCCAAGAGAAAGCCGAAGAGAAACGCAAUAAGCGUAAAACACCUAUUGCAAUGGCACUUGAAACUAUAGAUUCGGAUACAUCCGUUGAAUCGGCGCGCAAGCAUACAUCGAAAUUCCUCAAGAAAAUUGGCGAUAUCGUGAAAAAUCUCUUAGUUCGCUUAUGGAUUUGGAUGCUAGUUUUGGUGAUCUUCUUGUGCGCUAUGACGGGAAAAUUUAUGACCGGUUUUCGCAUAUGCUACAUGGCGUUAUUUCUCUUCUUCUUACUCGUCUUCCAAUCAUCAUCGAAGGUGUGGGUCAAGGUCAUGUAUGGUUUUUGGCUAUUCAUCAUCUUCUAUGCCAUGUCCAUGCUAAUACUCAUUUACACCUAUCAAUUUGAUAAAUUCGAUCAAUAUUGGUAUGAGUAUUUGAAUAUAUCACAAACGCUCCAAAACGAUAUCGGCCUGGAGCGUUACAAAACCAAAGAUCUCUUCCUGCAUCUGGUCUCACCAACGCUAAUCGUUGUACUAACAGUCAUACAGGUGCAUUAUUUCCAUCGUCGAUUCAUUGAGUCGCUAGGAGAGCGUGAACCGGCUGACAUAAAUGAUGCACGGGUCCCAAAAACUGAAACUGAGCAGCCUAGAAAAGACUCGAAGUCUGAUCGUAGCAAUGAUGCUACGAAAUUGAUUGUUUCAUCGCUAAAACGUUUACGUAAUAUUACAAGGCAUUACUUCAUUGUUUCGAAGAAAUUGUUUUGGCGCUUCUUGGAAUUACACAUCAUUAAGGCUGUAUAUAUAACAGCAUUUGUUUGCGCCGUUAAUGAGGUGUGUAUUAUUCACGUCAUAUUCGUAGCGCUCUGCAUACUGGGUUGCAUCACAAGAACCUCUAUACAAAUCUUUAUCAGCCGCAUAAUCUCUUUUGUUGUAUCAAUUAUAAUAUUAGCAAAAAUGAUCUAUCAAAUUGGUUAUCUAUCGCAUGAGGAUUACGAUGUGAAAUGCGAUAAUGAAAACACAACACACGGCAAUAGCGCAGUAUGGUUUGGCCUACAGAAAGCCGAUGAUACGACAAAUGGUUUAAUUGGUCUCAUAAAAAUGUACAUUAUUUAUAUGAUCGCUGUAACGCUGCACGCUGUGGUCAGUCUAAGGCAAUUCCAAAUGCGCGCAAUUUAUGGCCAUUCGCAAAAAGAUCAUGGCAAAGUGCUAUUCCCUAGCACGGAUCGUGUCAAAGCGGAAAAGAAUCUGAAAUCUAUGAUACAGUAUCUCUUCAAUUAUGGCUUUUAUAAGUUUGGACAAGAAAUCUCACUGAUAAUGUUGGUCACCACAAUUGCCUAUCGACAGGAUAUUGUAGCAAUUUGUUAUGUUGUGUGGUUAUCUGUGCUGUUGAUGUUCAGUCGAAAGCGGCGUAGUUCCGUUUGGGGUAUAUUCCAAGUGUUCAUUGCGUUGGGUAUAUUUUUACAAUACCUGGUUUUACUCGGAUUGCCGCCAAGCCUUUGUUUGGAAUACCCAUGGCAGGAUUCCCGCUUCUCAGCACCCAUACAAGGCUGGCUUUUGCUCCCCGGUAACCUGCAUUAUGAUCACUCGAAAAAAUUGAUUUUCGAUUUCAUACUCCUACUGAUGGUAACGCGUCAAAAGCGUAUCUACCGCAUCGAAGAACGACUCGGCGACAGCUAUCCGGGUGGCUCGAAUCGUAAUGUGGUUAAGGACAUUGAGGAUUUGGGUCGUGUGCCUUUUGACAAUCCAACAAAUGAUUUCCUUUCGCAUGUGCGCAACUACUUGGAUAUUUUCAUGUAUGCCAUACUCUGCGGCUUCUUUUGGGUAACACUGGCCACCGUAUUUUUGGCCGGCACAAAUAUGAGUGAUUUUCUCGCUUUGGGUUAUCUAAUUGGCGCUUUCACAUUCUUGUGGGAAGGUUCCGAUUUCUAUUUGCGUCCCAUACGUCAAAUCAUCAAUCGUUGGCGUUGGCUGCUCGCUUUUAAUGUUUUUAAUAUUGUUGUGAAGACCUGUUUUGAAAUGGCUGGUUGUCUAUUCUUAGAAGAAUUAACACAGAAUUGCUGCUGGCUUGUACAUUUGUUGGGCAUCGGCUGUUACUUUCAUACACAAAUACCCGUCGAUGAUGCACUAAAGGAUAAAGGCGGUGGCGAAUGCCCGGAGGUGAAUAAAUCGACAAUACUAAUGUGGGAUACUAUUUGUUUUGCAUUCCUCAUACUACAAAUGCGUAUCUUCAAAUCGCAUUACUUCUGUCACAUAAUCAUCGAUACGAAGGCGAAUAGCAUAUUGGCGACGAGAGGCGCUGAUAUUAUUGAGGAUCUACGUCAGAAGCAAAUCGAACAUCGUCAACAACAUGAAAACGAAAUUUUGGUCAAGAUCAAGCGCAAGAUGGAACGUAUACGUGCCACACAACAAAAAAUGUUGAAACCCAUUGAUAAACCCACACAUUUCGAUGGUAAGUUGUUUGGUCUCAAAUGCUAUUUACAUGCCUAUAAAUUUCUAUAA